AUGGCCGCAAGGCCAAUAUCCUACACAACGGGUCGCCCCAACAUGUACCCUCCCCAGUCUCAACCACAACCCCUCUACCAUCCUCAACAUCAACAACAACAACAACAACAACAACAACAUAUGGCCUACCAAAGACCCAUCCAGCAGCAAUACAUCCCACAACAACAACAGCAACAACAACAGCAGCAUCGUCCAGUCUACUCGACUCCACAGCAUCAACACCAGCAGCAGUUUAUGCCUCCUCAUAUGCAGCAACAGUUCCAACAACAAGCAACCAUGUCACCUCGGCCCCAGCAGUUUAUUCUCCAACGGCCUAACUUGAUGCCCGCCCCUUCUUUACCCUCGAUGCCGAUCCCUCAACAACAACAACAAAUACAACACAGACCUGGUGCACAACCCCCUUUUAAUCCUAAUCCUAAUAUCCUUCCAGGGCAAGUUAUCGGCCACCCACCAGGAGCGCCGGGCGUACCUGGCGGCCAGUCCUUUGUUCUCCGGACACCUUCUUUGGGCGCCGCGCCUAGUGUGAGUUUAGCAGGCGCUCCUCCUGGUGCCAUGAUCAACCCUGGAUUCAGACCCGUCAUGAUGCGACCCCCAGGAGCUAUCUUUACCUCAGGACCACCUACUGCGAUCUCGUCGCCUGGUCUUGCAAGGAUGCCUGUUGCUAUUGCUGGAGGGAUGCGACCUGUUUUUAUUGCUGCUGGACCACCCAGUAUUAUCAAGAACCCACUGAGGACAAAGGCCCUUCUUGAACGAACCGUGCCUGUCAUUAACAUCAAACAAAAGACGAACACCUUGCUCUCGAACUUCUGGGGCGAUGACAUGGAUAUCGCAAAGGAUGGACGGAUUAUCGACCGGUCAACGGAAUCACCUAACGGCAGCGAAAAGAAGCAGCGUUCUCGACAGACAGGCAUUGUGGUCGGCAUUGACUUUGGAAACACCUUCACCGGUGUCUCGUAUGCUCACCAGGGCGAUGGCGAAAUGAUUGACGUUGUCAAAUGGCCGAGACACUUGAAUGCGUAUGCCAAGGUGCCAACGGUCAGCUUGUACAAGACCGGCGAGAGCAAGGGGAUGGCCGACUGGGGCUCGUCUGCAUUGGCCAGCUACAAGCGAUCCAAGACGGAUCGGGUCUUGGUUCGGGAUUACAAGCUGCUCCUCUUUGACCAGAACGCUCGGGGCCGUCUCGACAAUGGACUUCAUCUAACGGACGUCCUGACACAGUAUCUUGGAAGCAUCCAUCGCCAUCUCAUGGAGGAAGUCAACAAGUCUCAGGUCUUGGCUGCAGAGUCUGUGCCGAUCCAUUACUGUAUCACGGUCCCACAGGCAUGGACGUUGCCCACGCGUGAGUUGAUCCUGAGGUGUUAUGUUGAGGCAGGAAUCAUCCUUCAGACGCCUGCACCCAACAUGACUGUCAUUACCGAGGCUGAGGCUGCAGCGACGUACUGUCGGGAGAACUGCGACGAGUUUGAUUCGCUCAAGGAUGGCGAGAUCUUUAUGAUCUGCGACGCGGGUGGAUUGACCACAAAUGUGACAGUGUUCAAGGUCGACGAUGCGUUGGGCGUGCGCCAGUUUGUCCGGAUGUCGAGUUCUCAUGCCGAGAACUGUGGAUCGGUGAUGCUGGAUCGCAAGUUUAGAGAGUUGAUUCUGUCGAAGCUCGCAGGGCUGGACAUUGACGCCAAGCCGCAGCGUCAGAAGGCGUUUGAGACGUUGUUGGAAGGGUUUGGAGAGAUCAAGUCGCAGUUUGAUGUCACGUCGUGCGAUGAAAUCAAGCAUAUUUCGAUCCCCAUGGGUUUGGAUGUCAAGGAGUUGCAGCCGGUUCCCGAGUGGCUCGAGGACGAGUACAUGGCUUUGACGGGUCAGGAGUUGUGCGCGGUUGUGUUUGAUCCGGAGGUGGAGAAGGUCUUGGAGUUGAUCGAUAAAGAGUCCAAGAACCACCCGGUUUGUGCGGGUCUCUUUAUGGUCGGAGGAUUUGGCGCCAACAAGUACUUACUCGACAAAUUGGUCUUGGCGACCAACAAGAACAUGGCCAACGGUUGUGGUGGUGGCACAGACUCGAAGAGGUCCUCACUCGUCAAUGGAUUGGCGGGCUCCAUGUCGGAUAUGAGUCUCAAUGGCGGCGCGAAUGGACACCACAGCCCGGGUAUUAUCAAGAAGGUUGUCAUGGUCAAAAAGGCGGAACUUGCCGUGGCUCGUGGCGCUGUCAUCUAUGGUCUCAAGAGCGCAUCCCAGCAUACCAAAGCGUUCUUGUAA